CAACCGCAGCCCACGCGCCUGCGGAUAUGCAACAAUAUAGUCAACUUUCCCUCUGUUGGCAUAUUAUGUGCACCGGGCGUGACUAACAUGCACAUGUUCAACUGUGCUAAAAAAUGUUACACCCCCCGCCCACUCUUCCCUCUCUCUACCGUCACGUGUCGCACAUCUAGCACUCCGACAACAUGGCCAAGGAUUUAAGCACUUUGGGCUGGGAUUAUCUCAUGUUCGUGUUGUUUAUAGCACUAACAGUCUUUGCUCCGCUCUGGAAGCGCAUAUUUGGCAAAAAGAAGCAACGCAGUAAGGCAGAUUAUGUCUUUGCCACGGGCGGAGUAUCCAUAGUGGCCGUUAUGAUAUCCAUAGCCCGUGGAACACUGGGUGUACGAUCGGUUCUAGGCUAUCCUAGUGAGCUGUUUUAUCGCGGCUCAUCCAUGUGGGAGAUAAUCUAUGGCAUGAUGAGUGCUUAUCCAAUUGUAUGCUUUAUGUUUGUGCCAGUCUAUUUUAAUCUGGGCAUCACCUCUGUCUAUCAGUACAUUGAUCUAAGAUUUAAGAGUCGCUUGGUGCGAUGCCUGGCCUCGGCCACUUAUAUUGUCAGACAAAUCUGCAAUCUGGGCAUUACAGUCUAUACACCGAGUGUGGCAUUAGCCACGGUCAUUGGUAUACCCUAUUGGGUCUCCAUUGUGGGCAUGUCAGCCAUUUGCAUAUUCUUUACGAUUUUGGGAGGUCUGAAAGCGGCCAUCAAUGCGGAUGUGAUUCAAACUGUCACCAUUCUGGUGGUCACAGUGGCCGUUUGUAUUCAAGGAACCAUCUCAAGCGGUGGACCCAAGAAGGUUUAUCAACUGAAUCGGGACAAUGGUCGUUUAAAUUUCUGGAACUUUACCGGCGACAUGACAGUGCGAGUCGAUACACUUUCCGCCUGGUUGGGUCAACUUUUCAUGUCACUCUCACAGAUUGGUUGCCAACAGAACUUUAUGCAGCGCUAUGUCAGUCUUAAGAGCCUCAAAGAAGUGCGAAAUGUGAUGCUUAUGAAUGUGCCAUUGGUAUUUCUAUUCUUCUCACUCUCUUGGCUCUCUGGCAUGGUCAUCUAUUCGGCUUACAUCAAUUGUGAUCCCCUUGCCGAGGGUUAUAUAAAGAAAGCCGAUGAAAUAUUGCCAUUCUUUGUGGAAGAUCAAUUGGGUUUCCUGCCCGGUUUUGUGGGCAUCUUUAUGGCCACCUUGUUUAACUCUGCUUUAUGUAUUAUGGUCUCCAAUCUUAAUUCCCUGGCCACUGUCUGCUGGGAGGAUUUCGUGUCACAGCUACCCAAAUUUAAGGGACUCUCAGAUAAGCAACAAUUGCGCAUUAUCAAAUUGGUUACUUUCAUUUGUGGCCUCAUCAUUAUGUGUGUGGCCUUUGGAGUUGGUUUGCUCUCUGGUGUCAUUGAGUCAUCGCUGCAGGUCUUCUCGGCAACAUCGGGACCUCUCUUGGGCUGCUUCCUGCUGGCCAUGAUGGUGCCUGUGGCUAAUUGGAAGGGCACUUCGGCUGGCAUGAUCAGUGCCUGUGCUUUUGUAGUAUGGAUUAUUGCCGGUGGCAUGACCGUUGACAAAAGCACACUUCAAUUGCCCACCUCAACAGACGGUUGCUCAAAUUACACCUUCUCGGAUAGCAUUGCCAAGCCCAGUUAUACAGAGGAAUCCUGGCUUAUGAGUCACACACCUGUCAAUAAUCAGACCUAUGUGGCACCUACACAACGAACUCCCUUGGAGACAUUUUACUCGAUUAGCUUUAUGUACUAUAGUUUGAUUGGCACAGCUCUAACAGUUAUUAUUGGGACCAUCAUUAGUUUGCUCACCCAACAUCCAGAUGAUGAAUACGAUGCAAAAUUGUUACAUCCUCUGAUUUUCCGCUGUUACGAACGCCUAAGCGGGCCCAAACCCUACUAUGUCAAACAUGAGGAGGAAUCCGGUUUAAAUGGACGCAGUAGCAGUAAUUCUUCGGCCACCACAACGACAUGCAAGGAAGAGAAGAUCAAUCAUGCGUAUGAGUCGACGCCAGAUGAGAAGAAGGUAAAUCCCAUUGCCGUGGUCUUUACCACCGCCGAGGGUGAACGUGCACAAUCCAUUUGUGAUGGCAGCAAAAUUCAACUGGACACUGUACCCGCCGGCGAGACAGGCGUCUAUCGACAGCUUCAGGGACAUAAGUCUGCUCUUUGAGUGAAAUUGAACCUCAUAAAUCGACCCCACCAUCAACACCAGACCGUACUUACCUAGCGUAGUCAAAUAUACUAACUAGUUCGUAGGCUAAGCAUUAGUCUAGACUCUAGACAAAUUUUUUGAGAGAACUUAACCGUAUGAAGUCUACAAGGAUGCUGUGAUUAUUGUACGAGAGAGUUAUAUAUUGUUGAGCAAUAUAUCGAGAAGUCUCUCGUAUAUUAUAAAGAGACGAUUUUUAUUUAUGUGUACUUAUUGUGUGGAUGUCUGUAUGUAUGUUUCUAUGUUUAUAAGCAAAGACAAUAUUUUGUAUUAUCUAUUAAUCUUUUGUGCAAUAAAUAAAGCUCAUGUAUUUCUAUUUAAGGUA